GGAUUUGUAGGUUGUGUGUAUGGACGCCGCCUCUCAUUGUUGACAAGUGUCUCUCCUGCGCCACUACAUACCCUCUUAUACCCCACAUUAGCCGUCACAUACCCUCCCGGGGCACCAUGUCGACACGCAGCACCAGCAGGAAGGUAACAGUAUCCUCGAGCUCCACCACCAGUGGCUCAGAGACGCCAAAAGGCGGCGGAGAGAGAACAUCAACCCCUAGCGGCUUCGGCAGAGCCCGAUCCUCCCCUCUCAGCCCCACUAGAUUAUCCCGGCUUCAGGAGAAAGCCGAGUUACAGUGCCUGAAUGACCGGCUGGCAGCCUACAUUGACCGUGUACGUCAGCUGGAGUGCGAGAACAGCAGGCUUAACCUGCAGGUGGAGACGAUACAAGAGUCAGUGACCAAGGAAGUUGUUUCUAUGAAGAGUUUGUACGAGCAGGAGCUAGGUGAUGCUAGGAGGCUCCUAGACGACACUGCUAGGGAGAAGGCUCAGCUCCAGAUUGAUGUGGGCAAGAUUAAGACUGAUAAUGAAGACCUUAGAGUCAAGUUGUUACGGAAGGAACGUGAUCUGUCAGCAGCAGAGAAGGCGCUAGCCAACGCUGAGAGUCAGGUGGCAGAUCUCACAGCCAAGCUCAACAGCUCGGAAUCUGAAAGAAAAAAACUCGUCAAUGAAAUCAGAGAGUUACGUGAUGAGGUUGCUAGAUUGAGCAGGCAACUUGCCGAGGCCAAACAGCAGCUUGAGAGCGAGACGUUGAUGCGAGUUGACUUGGAGAACAGAUGCCAGUCAUUGAAGGAGGAGCUACAGUUCAAACAACAGGUGUUUGAGAAGGAGGUAACAGAGACCAAGAACAGGAAGCACGUGGAGCUCUCUGAGAUAGAUGGGCGUCUCCAAGGAGAGUACGAGGCGAAACUCCACGAAGCCCUGAAGGAACUGCGAGACCAGUAUGAAGAACAGUUGAAGAACAACCGUAGCGAGGUUGAAUACCUCUACGAGACAAAGAUUGAGGAACUUAACAGGCGAGACCAGCGGGUGACUGAAGGCUCUGAUGCUCUCACUGGAUCAUUACGUGACUGCAAGAGAAAGGUGCAGGAGCUGCAGUCCCGGCUCACUUAUCUGGAGAGCACAAACCACACAUUGGAGCAACGAGUGACGGAUCUGGAGGCUCAGCUGGAGUCCGAGAGGGACGCCCAUGCAGCAGAAAUUAUGUUGCUGAAGGACGAGAUCACUCGCCUGCAGAACGAGAUGGCCCUGCAGCUUCAGGAGUACCAGGAUCUUAUGGAUAUCAAGGUGGCUCUUGAUAUGGAGAUUGCAGCCUACAGAAAGCUUCUCGAAGCUGAAGAAGCGAGAUUGAAUAUCUCAACUAGCCGAGUCAUAGCAAGUUCUUCAGGGAGAGACACUCCAAUAAGACGUACUCCAAUCAAGGCAUUGAAACGCAAGAGAACAGUCUUGGAAGAAGACUCCAUGAGAAAGUCGGCAUUCCAGUCAACUGCCCGGUCAGUCGGUGACAUCGAAAUUGUCGAAGAUUGUCCUGACGGGAAGUAUGUCAAGCUGCAAAAUAAGAGUGAAAAGGAUUUCUCCAUCGGAGGAUUCCAGAUCAUUCGUUCUGCUGGCGAGGCUGAAACCACAUACAAGUUCCACUCCAAAUCCAAGAUUCCUGCCAACUCCACCAUCACCAUCUGGUCAUGUAACACAGACGCCACACAUGAACCUCCUCUCUCAAUAGUCAUGAAGAAUCAAAAGUGGGCUGUUGCCGACAGCAUGACCACACGGCUACUAAGCACUAGUGAGGAAAUGGCAGUUCGUGAAACCAAGCGGCAGUUGGAGUCAUAUUCGAAGACCAUGGAGCGAGAGCUGGGAUCUCAUCCAGACCCCAAGGAAGAGGAGGAGGUAUCGCGACUAUACACUGGUUGCACCCUCGCUUAAACCACCUACCUACCACCUAAGAGCUCCUCCUGCAUUCAGAAGCGCCCAGGGAACCUCUCCAGAGAAAUGCAGUGUGAUGUGAAGGGUGGGGGGGGCACCCCACUACCUGAACCCCCAACCCACACAAUGUUACGUACAAAAGACCUCCAUCCCUCUGAGCUGCACACCUUACACUAGGUACAUUCUCUCAUCCUGGCAGUAUUCAAAACGCCUCUAGAUUAAAAUUCAGGAUGUGAACGAGAUGCUUCACUAAAGACAUUUCUUACUAAUUUUUAUUUUGAUGCUGAUUUUUUCUUGUAAUAAAAAAAGUAUAUUAUUUUGUAGACAGAUUGAGUUUUAAUAGUAAAUGGAGAUAUAUAACUUUGGAACUAGAUUUUAUUGAAGAGCACACAGGUGUAGAGUGAAAUUUGAAUAAAGCUAUUUGUUUUUAUUAUGGAUUCCUAGUUACAUAAAGUCACGUGCCGCUUCAGAAGUGCGAUGAGGUCGUAACUGCUUUUAUCAAUUUAUUUGUCGUAAAGGAUAAUUUAGAUUCAACUUCAUUGGACAACUCUGAGCUUCCCUCAGGUUAGUGGAUGAUCAACCAUUUUAAAAGCGGAAGAAGUUAGCAAAUGUGGCAGGUCAUUGAGCUGAGCAUUUAUGUAUAAACCCUGGGAAAUUGUUAGGUGGUUAUUGUCUUAAAACAGAAUUGGAAGUAGCUUCAAAGGAGGUUUCAUUCUUUAGGACAAAGAAAAAUACGCUAAUGUUUUGGUAGGUAAGUAUUAUGUUCAUCUUUGGUUUUCCUUGAGGAACUGAAUGCUUUUUAAUAGUUUUUGAUCCUAUUUUAGACUUAUUUUGGUUGCUUAUUAAACCAAAUUAAUGUGGUGGGUCUGUCCGACUAUUUUUUCUUUGUUCGCUUGUCAUGGUAUACAGAAUAAAUAAAAUUUUAUGUAAGAUUUAACAGCAAGUUUGCAAAGCUUACUAAAGAACUAUGGAUAAGGAGGGAGUUUUCCUAACAUAAGUGUGACCUGGUUAAUGUGUCUGAUUUUCAUUACCCGAAUAAGUUAUCCCAAAAUAGCAACAGCAUUAACAUUGGCAUAAAUAGUACGUAGAUACAAAAAUAUUAAGUGAUUAGUUUAGUGCAAGAAGCCACUCAGACAGCAUUCCACCAUACCCUAAAAAUGGGUACUUCUCUGAAGGGUUGUACUUGUAGCUUAAAGUGAAUCCAUUAUUUGGUAGUCUAUUUUAAACCUCGGUAUUGAUGCGAAUGGGAUGAUACAAGCACGUGUGUGUGUGUGAACCGUCGUGGCGGAAUAAACAGAUUUGGUAUGUAAAGUUUAAGAGUUGAAUCAUUCACAUGUGCCAAUUGAAGUGAUUUAAGUCAGAGAGAUGGAAGUCUGAGAGAUGUGUGCUAUUCUCUGCAAGUGUUCACUGCCAUUAUUUUGCUAAUCAUAAGUAAGAGCUGCUGUUGUAGCCCAACUUUUAAGGAUACUUUUAGGAGUUUUUUCUGGAAAUGUUGACUUGUAUCUGUAUUACCUUUUAAUUUGGAUCAUUUUUAGAGGUUAAUUGUGAAUAUUUUUUUAUUGAAAAAGUCUUAUUUUUAAAAAUCGGUUUCAUUUGUAAGAGGAAUUUCAUCUGGUGACAGUUAUUUGAUAAUUGAAGGUGCAUGUAAAUGAUACCAAGUUCAACCUUUCUUAAUAAUUACUCCAAAUACCAGUAAGAUAAUUUAAUUUAGGGAAUUAUAGCUACUAAACCCUGUAUUUUAUUACAAAAGCAAAAUUUAUCAUUAUGCCACAGUUACAGGGAGACUAUUUGGUACCAUAAUGGAGGGUAAGAGAUAGUUUACCUACGUUGGAUUAAGCUUGUGUCAUAAACAUCACAUUGCAAACUAGAAUUUUCCGCUCACCAAUGAUGCCACAUUUGGAACCGGUUAACAACACAAAAACACUCACCCACUAUUUUGUGUACUGGUGCCAUUGUUUUUUUUACAGUAAAUCUUUUUUUUUUUUUUUUUUUUUUUUCUGAAAGAGGAGGUCCUUACUUUUGGUAACAAAAUUUUCCUAUGUAGUGCUUUAAUGUCAAUAGGUUGAAAGCAAAAAAACAAAAAAACAAAAGGGCAUCUUGCCACUAAAGUUUGUCAGGUCAUUUAGAAUUAGUGACAAAAAACUUGUAUCAUUUAUUGUAAGGUGGCCAUUUUGAUCCUAAAAACAAAUUUAUUUACUUGAUUGGGCUUUGUAGCAACCAAAAUGGUUCUAGUAGUGUGCCUUCAGUUAAGAGAUUCUAUGAAGACAAAUUUCUAAUGUUAAACUGUCUUAAGAGUAUGGAUUUACUUUAAUAAAACUUAAUAGAGUA